GGAGGCGAGCGCGGGGAGACAGAGCGCGCGGGCGCCGGCAGCAGGCUGGCCGAGCUCCGUUUCCACGGUCGCCCUUGAUGGCGGCGCAGGCGAGGCAGCCUAGGCACGGAGCGGCCACCACGCGCUAGAGAGUCCGCCCGCCCGCCCGCCCGCCGGGCCCCGCCCGUGCCCUGCCCGCCUCUCCCCGCGCGCCCUCCCGCAGACGUCGGCGCCCCGGCUCGGUCCCCCGGCCGCCGCGUGCAGCCCCGUCGCCGCCUCCAGGCCGGCCAGGAGGGCACUGAUCUUCGAUAGCGAAGAUGGCUGCUGGCUGCCUGCUGGCCUUGACUCUGACACUUUUCCAGUCUUGCCUGUUCGGCCCCUCGAGCCAGGAGCCCUUCCCUUCGGCCGUCACCAUCAAGUCAUGGGUGGAUAAGAUGCAAGAAGACCUGGUCACACUGGCAAAGACAGCGAGUGGCGUGACUCAGCUGGCUGACAUUUAUGAAAAAUACCAGGAGAUGUAUACUGUGGAGCCAAAUAAUGCACGCCAGCUGGUGGAAAUCGCGGCCAGAGACAUCGAGAAACUCCUGAGCAACAGAUCUAAAGCCCUGGUGCGCCUGGCUAUGGAAGCUGAGAAGGUCCAAGCUGCCCACCAGUGGAGGGAGGAUUUUGCAAGCAAUGAAGUUGUCUACUAUAAUGCUAAAGAUGAUCUUGAUCCCGAAAGAAAUGAGAGUGAGCCAGGCAGCCAACGAAUUAAGCCUGUUUUUAUUGAAGAUGCUAAUUUUGGACGUCAGAUAUCCUAUCAGCAUGCAGCGGUUCAUAUUCCCACGGACAUCUAUGAGGGCUCAACCAUAGUGUUAAAUGAACUCAACUGGACAAGUGCCUUAGAUGAAGUUUUCAAGAGGAACCGCGAUGAGGACCCUACCUUGCUGUGGCAGGUGUUUGGUAGCGCCACUGGCCUGGCGCGGUACUAUCCAGCUUCCCCCUGGGUGGAUAAUAGUAGAACUCCAAACAAGAUUGAUCUGUAUGAUGUGCGCAGAAGACCGUGGUACAUCCAGGGAGCCGCCUCCCCCAAGGACAUGCUCAUCCUGGUGGAUGUGAGUGGAAGUGUGAGCGGACUGACUCUGAAGCUCAUCCGAACCUCGGUCUCCGAAAUGUUAGAAACCCUCUCAGAUGAUGACUUCGUGAAUGUAGCUUCAUUUAACAGCAAUGCUCAGGAUGUCAGCUGCUUCCAGCACCUGGUUCAGGCGAACGUGAGAAACAAGAAGGUGUUGAAAGACGCCGUGAACAACAUCACCGCCAAAGGGAUAACGGAUUAUAAGAAGGGCUUCAGCUUUGCGUUUGAGCAGCUGCUUAAUUAUAAUGUUUCCAGAGCCAAUUGCAACAAGAUCAUCAUGUUAUUCACAGAUGGAGGAGAAGAGCGAGCCCAGGAGAUAUUUGCCAAAUACAAUAAAGACAAAAAAGUCCGUGUGUUUACGUUUUCUGUCGGGCAACAUAACUAUGACAGAGGACCUAUUCAGUGGAUGGCUUGUGAGAAUAAAGGUUAUUAUUACGAAAUCCCCUCCAUUGGUGCAAUAAGAAUCAACACUCAGGAAUAUUUGGAUGUCCUGGGAAGACCCAUGGUUUUAGCAGGAGACAAAGCGAAGCAGGUGCAGUGGACCAACGUGUAUCUGGACGCGCUGGAGCUGGGACUUGUCAUUACUGGAACUCUGCCGGUCUUCAAUGUCACUGGGCAAUCUGAAAAUAAGACAAACUUGAAGAACCAGUUGAUUCUUGGUGUGAUGGGCGUUGAUGUGUCUCUGGAAGAUAUAAAGAGAUUGACACCACGUUUUACACUGUGUCCCAACGGCUACUAUUUUGCAAUCGAUCCUAAUGGUUAUGUCUUAUUGCAUCCAAAUCUUCAGCCAAAGCCUAUUGGUGUAGGCAUACCGACCAUUAAUUUAAGAAAAAGGCGACCCAACGUUCAGAACCCCAAAUCUCAGGAGCCCGUCACACUGGACUUCCUUGAUGCGGAGUUAGAGAAUGACAUUAAAGUGGAGAUUCGAAAUAAAAUGAUUGAUGGGGAGAGUGGAGAGAAAACGUUCAGAACGCUGGUCAAAUCUCAGGAUGAGAGAUACAUUGACAAAGGAAAUAGAACGUACACAUGGACACCCGUCAAUGGCACAGAUUACAGUUUGGCCUUGGUGUUGCCAUCGUACAGUUUUUACUAUAUCAAAGCCAAGCUAGCAGAGACAAUAACUCAGGCCAGAUCAAAAAAGGGGAAGAUGAAGGAUUCAGAAACUCUGAAGCCAGACAAUUUUGAAGAAUCUGGCUACACCUUCAUAGCACCAAGAGAGUACUGCAAUGACCUUAAACUCUCCGAUAAUAAUACUGAAUUUCUUUUAAAUUUCAAUGAAUUUAUUGAUAGAAAAACUCCAAAUAACCCUUCCUGUAAUGCAGAUUUGAUUAAUAGAAUCUUGCUGGAUGCUGGUUUUACAAAUGAACUUGUCCAAAAUUACUGGAGUAAGCAGAAAAAUAUCAAAGGAGUGAAAGCCCGCUUCGUGGUGACUGAUGGUGGGAUUACAAGAGUUUAUCCCAAAGAGGCUGGAGAGAACUGGCAGGAAAACCCAGAGACGUAUGAGGACAGCUUCUACAAGCGGAGCCUGGAUAAUGAUAACUAUGUCUUCACCGCGCCGUACUUCAACAAAAGUGGACCGGGCGCAUAUGAAUCUGGCAUUAUGGUAAGCAAAGCUGUAGAACUGUAUAUCCAAGGAAAACUUCUUAAGCCUGCAGUUGUGGGGAUUAAAAUUGAUGUAAAUUCCUGGAUAGAAAAUUUUACCAAAACUUCAAUUAGGGACCCGUGUGCUGGUCCUGUUUGUGACUGCAAAAGAAACAGUGAUGUGAUGGACUGCGUGAUUCUGGAUGAUGGUGGGUUUCUUCUGAUGGCCAACCAUGAUGAGUACACCAAUCAGAUUGGACGUUUCUUUGGAGAGAUUGACCCGAGCUUGAUGAGACACCUGGUUAACAUAUCAGUUUAUGCAUUCAAUAAAUCAUAUGACUAUCAGUCCGUGUGUGAUCCAGGCGCUGCACCAAAGCAAGGGGCAGGACAUCGUUCAGCAUACGUGCCAUCAAUUGCAGACAUACUGCAGAUUGGCUGGUGGGCCACGGCUGCUGCUUGGUCUAUUCUCCAGCAGUUGCUCUUGAGCUUGACAUUUCCACGGCUCCUUGAGGCAGUUGAGAUGGAGGAGGACGACUUCAGCGCCUCCCUGUCAAAGCAGAGCUGCAUCACGGAACAAACCCAGUACUUCUUUGAUAACGAUAGUAAAUCAUUCGGCGGUGUCCUGGACUGUGGGAACUGCUCCAGAAUCUUCCAUGUAGAAAAGCUGAUGAACACCAACUUAGUAUUCAUAAUGGUGGAGAGCAAAGGAACGUGUCCCUGUGACACGCGGCUGCUCAUGCAAGCGGAGCAGACUUCGGACGGUCCAGAUCCUUGCGACAUGGUGAAGCAACCCAGAUACCGAAAAGGGCCUGAUGUCUGCUUUGACAACAAUGUCCUGGAGGAUUAUACCGACUGUGGUGGUGUCUCUGGAUUAAACCCUUCCUUGUGGUCUAUCAUUGGACUUCAGUUUCUCCUCCUGUGGCUCGUAUCUGGCAGCAGACACUACCUAUGGUGACCUUCCGACCCCAUCUCUGCAACUACGAUCGAGACCCUGCCAACACACGAGCCCUCAGUUACAUUACUAGAGUCAGUUGAAGAAGCUACCCAGAACAUUAGCCGGGCCUCUACCAUGGCAUCAAUCUAAGGCUCAGAUUCUUGAUCACCCACUGGCUGCAUGUCGGGGUGUCAGAACCUGGAGCUUGUGUGAAUGCUGCGUCAUCUGUGUCCACCAUCAAAGCAAAACUCUGUGUGUGCUCUAUGGGAAAUUUGGGGGUUCACUGUCGCGCCACUGGUGAUUACAUGUAGGAGGCUCCCCCAUGCAGGCAUUGUGAAAAGAAGCAGCAUCUUGACUGAUUCUACAAUUUCAACCUGCUGCAGUUUUACCAAGAAGAAGAAGAAAAGAAAAGAGAGAAAGCCCUAGGGCGGGGGGCAAUGACAUUUUUGCCUUCACUUAUUUUCUGUUAAAAAGUAAUUCCUGCUGUGAGUAGUUAUUAAAUAUAGAGAGAGGGAGGGAGAAAAUCCAUUGGUCUAAACUGUUGAAAUACAAACUAAUGGCUAAUUUUCUACCAAAAAAAAAUUUGCCAUGAAUCAAAUGCCUUAUAAAAGAAUGAUUUCUCUGCCAAAAACAAAACGCAACUGUGACCAGUUGAUUUUGGGUUAGGUGCGAAGCAUUGGUUUGAAAAUGAGGAAGGGGUGACGAGGUUGCAGGUGCUUGCGGGUGAAAUUGGAAUUCAUGACACAUCCUCAUACACGGAAGCCCUUUAACGCGUGACGUCAUGUCCAUUCUGUUCAAAGUACAGUCAUGUAGUGCUAGUCAGAUAUUUAGCUCACUCUAAGAGAAGCUUGUGGGGGGAGGGGACGUGUUUUCCUGUGGGUGAUGAACUUGGGUUGACAAGGGUAUUUUGCAUGAUGCUGCUGCUACUUUAACUUUCCGGUUUGUUUUUCCUUCUUACUGUAGAGUAUAGUCCACUGAAGAGUGAAGUGGGUGACAUGGUUGUCAUGUAAGAAUCUGAACCUUGCAGUGUAAAUGCACUUGCGUCAUCUUUUAACAUGUUGUUGAACCACUCUGAAUAUACUGUGUGACGGACGUGCUGAAUGACCAGGGUUAGGCAAACGGGGGACAUGAGAAUUCAUGGAUUUUAUACAGAUUCAUGCUUCUGCCUGAAAACCUAUGUACAGAUAUUUUAAGUACAUAAAUCAGAUUUAACACAUUUAUUUUUUGAAAAGUACAUAUAUGUUCUCAAUGGAGAUUCAGCCUAGGUUUCCUCUUUGUUCGUUUCAAUAGUAGCAUGUACAAUCCAGAAACUGCUGCUCUCGCUGCUUCUGUCUCUCCAUUUUGGUAUGAUCAUAUGAUCAAAAUUCCCAUGCCACUUCCUGAGAGGUUUUACUUUAAUCUGAACAAACAGGAAACCUUGAAUCUAUCUGUAUGCACAUGAACACUUGAUUGUGAAUAAUAAAAUUUGAUUUUAUACAGCUUCCUUGGUGAAAUGCAUUAGUGUAGUAGGUCAGAAAUAUCAUUAUAGAUUAAUAUGGUAGCUAAACUUUAUUCUGCUUUGAGAAAUUAUUUUCUGGAGUAAACAGUAUUUGAAGAAAGGGUAAAAACAAUGAAUGUGUCUAAGAAGAGUAAUUUUACUGUAAGCUGAAAGUAUGCAUAUAUUUUUAUGAUAAAUGAAGAUUUUUUUCUUUUUAGUUACACAUGCCAAGUAUUGGUGUGUGCAUAUGCUGGAAAUUUUCAUAUACAUCAUUUUACAAUCAGAAUUAUUUGCAAUCUCCAGCAUACUUUAGUAUGCUCCACAUAUCAAAGUUGUAGCCAACUCUUUAACAUAUUUUAUUGUUUUGUUUAUAGCUUUGCCUAGAUUGUUAUUCGUUCCUACCACCAUGUUACCCUGAGUACCAUUUGUAUACAUUUUAUAAGUUAAGAUUUUGCUUCAAUUCAAAAGGGGGAGGGGCAACUGAAAUUACUUUGCCAAGUGUUGACUUUUGAAGUGACAUCGGUCAGUCACCACUUCUGAUACAUUGUCAUUUUUAGUCUGUUCAUAACUGCUGUUGACCUUAGAAAACAGAAAGGUGGUGUAAAGAAAGGGAAACUAUGUUUAAGUCAUGCUGUGUGUCAAUUAUUUCAAACUUAUUAUUACCUUUUGCUGGACUACUUUAAAUCCUGGACAUGUCGGGAAAGGGAACUGCGACUUCAUCCAUAGAGCGAUGCACAUUGAAACCAUUGAAUUGCUUCUGGCAAACAACAACCAAUCUUAAAUUAUGUUUCAAUUGUAUUGAUUAUACUUUCAUUUCUAAUGUCACUCACAAAGCAUAUGACCCUCACAAAGCGUAUGACUGUCAGUGACAUUAUUGUUGUCUUAGCCGCCACUGAGCUUGGCACCUCUUUUGCAAGACCUCAUUUGGUUCAAGUUCUAUGUCACCAUAACCACAAAUAUGGUAAGAAAUUGGGCAAAAACAUGUCCACGGACUAAAACUGCUUUUCAUGACUUACACUAAUGUUUAUGUUUUUGUAAACACUUCUAAGUGACACUAACACCCAUCCCACCAAAAUUACAAUAUUACAUUUAACAUUUUUUCUGCAAAUUCUCUUAGCAAGAGUAAGUAUAGUGUGUUAUUUACAGAAACAAAACUAAGUAAGAGAUCCUUUUAAAAAGCAUUUAAACUGUUCUUAUUAGUUAAUUGCUGCUAUACCCACGUAGCUCAGUGUCCUUUUUCACAUAAACAAAGUCAAAACAAGUCUUGCACUGGUGUUGAGUAGCAGGAAAGAAUUUCUGCAUAAAUGGUUUCAUCUUUUCUUCAUUUGAACAACCAGCAUUACUGCCAAAUGCCAAUCGCGGUCCACAUUUGUAACAGGUUUUUAACAUGACAUAGUUAGCAAGUUUGACUGAAGAGAUUUUUAGGUCCUGGGCCUCUUUUUUCAUGUUUCUAAUGCUUGGAGCGUUAUUGCUUACCUUGGGAAACACAGUGUUGCUACCAUUUGUAAGUUUUCUUAUAUAUAAUAUUCCUUUUACUACUUGUAAAGCUGGCCUUAUGGGGUUCAAAUAGGCAGUGUCCCCUUUAAGUGACCUUUGCAACCCAAGUGUUACUUGCUUAUUUGAUGCUCUCUUGUACGUUAAAUCUCAUUUAAAUGCCUGUCUUCAAGUCACCAAAGCUGAAAUUCGACGUCUUAAUUUAAAACUCCUGAGUCUAAAGGCAUAGAGUCUAACCUAGCAAGACACAAUGGAUUUUGUGAUUCUUUUUUUUCCCACUUGCCCCAAUCUCCAAGUAUUUUAUCAUUAGCUGGAACUUGCAUUGUUUUCCAUAGCAGAAUGUUAAUAUUGUUAAUAUUCACUGUACAUUUCUGUAAAGAACAAAUCACUACAACAGAACUACCAAGUGCUGAACACUUCCAGAAUUUUGCAGAAUUCGAUAGCCCUUACCAAUGGUUUCAUCUACCUUGUUUCUAGUUCACAUAACAGAACCAUAGAAAUUCCACUGAGACUCUUGGGAUACUGUCUUGCGAAGAUGCCAACUGAGUUUCCAAUGUGACCUGUCAAAGCUGUCCUUUCCUUGUGCGGUAUGACUGGGAUCAUGCUUUUGGGGUUCCCUUCAUGAAGUGCUCAUUGUGCAUCAUGCUUAAGGCCAAGUGGCUUUUGUGAACAACAGGUCUUCCCUUCCCUUAUUAUGUCCUCUUGACACUUUUGUGGAAAUUAACUAGCAGGAUGAAAACAUUUUGUAAAAAUUUGUAUAAUACUGUUAUAAAAAAUAUUUAUAAUCCCAGAAAACGUUGUGUUAAAUCUUGUGCAAAAAAACAGUAUAUUCAGAAUAAAAGUUUAUCAUUGAAAGUCA